GAUGAGAGAAACGAUGAUGACGAAGAUGAUGAUGAUGAUGGGCAACCCGAGAUUGAGAGGAGAAAUGUGAGGUUCAUGUUGUAGCCACUUUCUUUGUUGUUUUCUCUGCGACAUUUUGCGCGUGUCGCCGUCGGGAGAAAGGAAAAGGGAUUUCACUUUUUCUCCUUUGUGAAGCUGGGUGAGGAGGCUACAUGGUGAGCGUUUCCUAUUCAGAGUGUGGAUGCGUGGGUGUCCAGAGAUGGAAAGCUACGAGGAGUUCUGUCUGCGGAGUUUGGCCAUACUGCAGGAGGAGGGGAAAUUCAAGAAGACGACAUGUGAGCCUCUGUGGUCCCUGAAGGCUCGCUCUGUAAUCCGCUUCCAUGGAAGAGCUGUGCUUUCGCCUCUGUUGAGUGCCGAGCUGCGCAGUGAGAUAUCUGACCACAGACAGAGGGCGGUCCAGCUGGAGGUCAACAGGCAGAACCGGCAGAGGAAUAACCUUUUGGCCAGGUUUCAGGACAUAGUGGAACAAGCUCAGACAUAUAAAGUACCAAGUGAAGAGGUUGAAAAGCUGCCGGUUUCUAAAUCGGCGACAGUCAGUGGCUACACCCUGGUCACCGACUCUCCCGGACUUCCUGGAGGCCCUGGAUUUGGGCCUCAGCCAAGUGAUCAGCCUGCUACUCCACGCUCUGAGACCCCCAUCCUCAAUGGCUGCAAGGCAGUGGAGGAAGUGAUGGUGGAGAGGGAAGAGAAGAGUGAGGAGGAAGAGGAGGAUGACAUUAGUUUGGACAGCCUUCUUAAGAGAUCAAGGGAGUACGUGAAGAGAGAGCAGAAUCAGCAGGGGUCAAAAGUUGUCCCUGCAGUCACCAGGACUCCCCCGGCUGAGCCUGUCUCUGACAAGGAGAAUAAGAGUUGCAGUCCCAUGGGGGGGACAUGCGUUGAGUUUGGAUUCAGUCUGCACCAUAGCCCUAUCGGCCCUCCUCAGACCCCAAUUCAGCAUCAAACUCUAUACGACCCCAGUCCCCAACGAUCUGGCUCCCUCUCACCUAGUCUACCUGACCAAUAUGCUCGUCUCCCCAGUCCAGAGUCCAGCAUUAGUCCCCGUCCACAGAAACGCAGACCUCGGCCAGUUUCUACAGGGAACAUCCAUAUUUCAUUUCCUAUCGGCCCAGCAGACCUUAUCCCCCGAAGCCCAGGAAGAUCAGGUGAAGGCGCUGGCAUGGCGGACUGGGGAGAAGCUCUUGUAGGGGCCACAAAGUCCUUCGAUCACUGGGGCUCAGUGGGCAGUGUAGAUGGGGGUGGUGUUAGCAGGAGUGGCAAUCGUCGAUCCAGCCACUGUGGUACCAGUCCAGUACAGGAGACCUGCUGCCCUGUUAGUGCCUCAGGGCCUAACCCGAAGGGACACCAAGACCAUCUGGCUGCAGGAUUUCGCCGGCGCUGCCACACCCUGGACAGCCAGCUGCAUGCCUACCACUCUGGAGUUGAGCAAAUAGAUCGCAGCCAGGAAAGGGUUCCUCGCUUCAUGGCAGGAGUUACUCGGUUGGCUCCAAGCUGGCGCACCCCUGCGGCCCCCUUAAACCAGUCGUAUGAGGUAGAUAAUCAGUCAGCAUCUCUGUUGAAGCCACGCAUCCCUCCUGAAUUGGCUCAGGUCACACUCAGAACGGACUCUGAUGAACCUCAGGGGACAAACAAUGGGAGAAUCACACCAACUGUUCUCAGAAAUGCAGCUGAGGCACAGGCCAGCAGGACAGAGGAGACCCAGAGGAGAGCUCGGGCUCUGGAGGACAUGCAAAGGCGUCUGGAGGAGGAGCAUGCCUUGCAGAUGUCGCUGCUCCUGGCUGAGCAGGAGAAAGAGCAACAGCGCCUCUGCCUGGAGCUAGAGGAGACAGAGAAAACACUGAAGGAGCGGGGGUGUGUGCGACCGUUGAGUGGCGAUGCUUGUGGGUGGCAUUGUAGGUCUGUGAGUGACAGCUGUCCUGUUGUGAGCCCCCCCUGUCCAGGACUAAGCCCCGCCCACACACCGUCUGAGCGAUCACCUGGACACAGCAUAGGUUUUCCCAGUCCUGUAAGUUCCAGUGUGUCCUCUCCCUCUGUCCAGCCUCCCGUCUGCCUGUGGGGGCCCACAUGGGCAGUUAGCAAACCUCGAGUGAGGCUUAGUCUGGUUCUGACCGCAGAGCAGCAGAGAUUGUUCUGUCGAAUUGGCGCCAUCAUACGCGGCUUCCUCACACGCAGACUGCUCAAAACAGAGAAGGUCAAACACCUGCGCCAGACCAUCGUGGAUACACAGGAGUUCAUCCGGUCAUUCCAGACUGAAGCUCCACAGAAGAGAGCCACCUUCUCAGCACAAGAUCGCUCCCUGCAGGAGAGAGUUAGAGCCCAGUUACGUGCAGCCCUUUACGACAUCCAUGACAUCUUCUUUGAAAUGCCUCUGGGGGAUCGAUUAGCAUUGCUGCAGCAGGACAGGGAGCUCCGAGCAGAGAGGAAGCUACGAGACAUGGAGAAAGCCAAGGGCCCCAAGGAGAGAGUGGUUCUGUCUGCUGCUACACAGAGGUCUAUGGACAGGAAAAAGAGGGUUGGUGAAUCCCCAGCACAGGCUAGGAAGAUGCAACAGAAGCCAAAGAGCCCCACUUCUAACAGAGUCCUGAAGCCAAGCCAAGGCCAAAAUUCUCCUGUUCCAGGCCAGUUGAACCGCCAGGGGAGCUGGUACAGAAAAACCCCAGAGGAGAGAGUGAGGCGCACAGAAAACCUGAAGAAGCAGCACUCUCUGGGGUAACUGGUGACUCGCCAUCCAUUGACCUUUGAACUUGAAUUUUUAGUCUUUUAAUACAAACCUUUCACCACUGAAACUCCAGUCAGCGCUGCUAAUAUUAUGAUUGUCUUUAAGCUACCUUCUGAAAUUCAGAUGAUUGUAUUUACUACCACACAGCUCAUUGAUAUACACCAUCAUAAUGCCAUUGUUUUUUAAUGUUGUAUCUUUUAGUUGCAACAACUGAUUUAGAAAAGUCAUAUGUAGCUUGAUACUUUGUGUGGAGGGUCAGAGUUAAAGAGAAACGAAAUAGGUCAAAAUAUUUUAUCGGUGCCUAAGAACUACAUACGAAAGCCCAGAAGGCAUGUGAUAAAAAAAAUACUGUGGAUCAGUGUUCUAAGUCUAACCUGAAUUGUUGUGUUUCUGAUUGAUGAACAAAAGGUACAUAACUUGCUAACACAUAAUAUAUGUACUUAUUUCACCUGGCAAACACAGGAGAGAAAACAAUUUAGACUGGACUUUUUUGAUCACCAGUAUUUAUUUUUUUCUCACGUGGCUCUCACGGCUUCCGUAACUAUGCCUUUGCUAUCUAUAGUGUUUUAGCAUGCAUAUACUUACAAAUUGUGUUCAUAAACAUUUAGUGUGUAUUUAAAUAUUUAUGUAAGUUAAUAUACAAACAUCAGUUUCAUGCUGACAGACACAUAAUGUAGUUGCCAUGAAAAUACUAAAAUACACUAAAAUAGUAUUUAAGUGUGUAUAAUUCAUUCAUUAGAAGUUUUGUUCAAGGGCUUGAGUACCUUUUUGGGCUUAUUUUCUUUAUUUAAUGGUGCUGAGUUUACAGUGCUCUGAGACAUAUAAAUGUGUUUCAACAUUUGGCUUAAAUCAAAGCCAAAUGGAAAAAAAUAAUUCUUGAUGUAUUUGUUUACUGACAACACUACAACACUGCACUGGUGUACUGCUACAUUAAUGUAGCUUCCCAUAACAGGAGAUUCACAGCAGAUACUCAGUGUGGAGUUUCUUUCUAGUAAAACUAAAUUAUUAAGACCAUAAAAAAUGCAUGCCAUUUCCCUUAUUUCCCACUGCCCAUGUCAAGAAUAAGGGGCAGACAGAAUAAAAGAAGGUUUAUGGGAACAUAUUAUCUGACCACAUGUUAACAAAUUGGUACACCACUUGUUCACUGCGAUACCACAUUGACCUUAUACUUCUGCGUCAGUAGUGUUCAGUGUUUGAUGUUGUUUGCUGAGAGCUCUCUUGAAAAAAAAGUUUUUUAUUUAAAAUGCCAAAGUGUCAUGUUUUCUAUGAACAGAAUAAAUUCUAAAAUUAUGUCAA